GUUGAAGAUUUGAAAUGUGAUGAAAAAAAGUUAUAAAUCUUUUCUGACAACUUUUCACGACCCGAAUCUACGACAAUAAAUUAGCGCGCACACAACCGAUUACAUCACAUAAACAUUCAAAUUUUAAUUCUAAGAUUCCUCGAAACCUGAUCAAGUAAGACCAAUAUCCAAUUCCCAAGUUUCUUUGGUCAAAUUGAUGAUCUUUUGAAAAAUAACUUCAAAAAAGUUGUCUUUUUCUUUUCUUCUUUUUGGGUCUUGACGACUCACUUCAUUGCUUUGAAAAGGCAAAGGCGAGAUCUUUUUCACUUUCGCAAGGCAAAGGUUCAUCAAAGAUUAUGGAAGAAAUUAUGAUGGAUAUAGAUGGAUAUGGUGAGCAGCGGAUUCUGCCUGAUGCUCUUCCAUUUGCUAGAAGCUAUCAGCUUGAAGCAUUGGAAAAGGCGAUUCGUGAAAAUACGAUAGCGUACUUGGAGACUGGAUCUGGAAAGACGUUGAUAGCCAUCAUGCUUCUUCGAAGCUACGCUUGUCACCUCCGAAAGCCUUCUCCUUACAUUGCUGUUUUUUUGGUUCCAAAAGUUGUAUUGGUUUCUCAACAAGCUAAAGCCUUGAGAAACAACACUGAUUUGAAAGUUGGAAUGUAUUGGGGAGACAUGGGUGUUGACCAUUGGGAUGGCGAUAUGUGGAAAGAAGAGACGGAGAAACAUGAGGUGCUGGUCAUGACUCCGGCAAUAUUGCUUUCUUGCUUGAGGCAUAGCUUUAUCAAACUGAAUAUGAUAAAGGUUUUAAUAAUGGAUGAAUGCCAUCAUGCUUCGGGUAAACACCCAUAUGCCAGUAUCAUGACUGAAUUUUAUCAUCAUCAAUUAAGAGCUGGUAUCACCAAGCUUCCUCGGAUUUUUGGGAUGACUGCAUCCCCAAUUAAUACAGCUGUGAAAUCUGAAUCGACCAUAUCAAAACAUAUUCGGAAGCUAAUGACUCUAAUGGAUUCAAAGGUUUAUACAUGCGUAAGUGACGCUGUCAUCUCACAGUUUAUACCAAUGUCUACCCCAAAAUUCCGGUAUUACGAGGACAGUGUGGUUCCCUAUGCGUUAUUCGAUGAAUUAGCCAAAAAACUCAACGCAUUAAAAGAACAGCACGAGCUAUCCGUCACAAAUUCAGAUUUCACAAAAUCGGCUGUCGAAUCUGCGCACAAAAAAAUAUCAAAGACUUUUGAGGCCUCAAUAUUUUGCAUGGAAGAGCUUGGUGUUUGGUUGGCUUCGAAGGCUGCGGAGUCAUUAUCUUUCAUUGAUAUUGAAACUUUCUCAUGGGGUAACUCAGGGGAUCAAAUUGUGAAAAAUUUUAUUUCAGCCACUGUGCUGACACUGCAAUCUUGUGUACCAUCUGAUCCUCGAUGGACUAUUGGUGACAAUAUGAAUUCCGAUAUGGAAUUGGGGCUAUUGACCUCCAAAGUGUCAUGUCUUGUUGACUGUCUACUCGAGUACAAGGGUUUUACUGAAAUGAGAUGCAUAGUUUUUGUGGAAAGGGUCAUUACAUCUAGGGUCCUUGAGGUUCUAUUGAACACUUUGUUGCCAAAAUACAAUAGCUGGAGGGCUAAAUCCAUUGCAGGAAACAAUAGUAAAUUGCAAAACCAGUCUAGGAAAUGUCAAAACGAGAUUGUGGAAGAAUUUCGCGAUGGACUGGUCAACAUCAUUGUUGCAACAUCAAUUCUUGAAGAGGGUUUAGAUGUUCAAAGUUGCAAUUUGGUUAUUAGAUUUGACCCAUGUCCUACAGUGUGCAGUUUUGUUCAGUCCCGAGGCCGUGCGAGAAUGCAGAAUUCGGAUUACAUAUUGAUGGUUAAGAGCGGCGAUUCAGUUACAUGUUCUCGAUUAGAGAAAUACCUUUCUGGUGGGGAAAUGAUGAAGAAGGAGUCUUUGCAUUAUUCUUCUCUUCCACUUGAGCGCCUUGAAAGUGAUCAAAUUAAUGAGCAAACUUAUCGUGUUGCUAGCACCGGAGCUGUUGUCAAUCUCAGUUCUAGCAUUUCUUUGAUAUACUUAUAUUGCUCACGGCUCCCUUCAGAUGGGUACUUUAAACCUACUCCAAAGUGGGACAAACAAAAAGGAAUAUUGUAUCUUCCCAAGAGUUGUCCUCUACAGGCUAUUCAUGUUCAAGGCGACACGAAGUUCUUAAAGAAUAUUGCAUGCCUUGAAGCAUGCAAACAACUUCAUAAGAUUGGAGCGUUGACAGAUUGUCUUGUUCCUUCUAUUGUCGUUGAAGAAGCAGAGGUGGAGAAAUUUGGUAAUGAACCGUAUGAUGAGAAACAGCCAAGUUACGUACCACUAGAAUUGGUGAAUCGCAUGUCCAACAAUAGUAACACAAUCUACUAUUGUUAUUUAAUUGAGCUAAAGCAAAAUUUUAGCUAUGAUUUCAACGUGCAAGACAUUUUUCUUGCAACUCGAGUCAAGCUUGAUCCAGAAAUCGGAUGCAUGCAAUUUGACAUGUGUUUUGAUAGAGGUAGCUUGUCUGUGAAAUUGGAAUACAAAGGAAGCCUAAAUCUCUCACCGGAUCAGGUUCAUUUGUCUAAAAGAUUCCAAGUUAAUGUCCUUGGAAUUCUUAUGAAUUAUAAAACGGAUAAGGAAUCUGUUUUAGACAAAUGUUGUUCGGAAGAUGACUUAGGGAUCGAUUAUCUCCUGCUACCAUCUAUUGCAAGAGAGCAAACAACAGUUGUAGAUUGGUUAACUGUUAAUUCCGUACAUCCAUCUGAAAUCAGGUGUCUGCAUCAUGUAGCCACUAUCUGGACGAAAAAGGGUUUCGUUUGUGGUUGCAUUUUGCAAAAUGCUUUGGUUUGUACGCCACAUAAUGGUCGUACUUACAUCACCACUGGUUUUUUGGAUUUGAACGGAAACUCGCCUCUAGCAGUAGGAGAUGGUGAAGCAACUACAUACAAGAAGUACUUUGGAGAGAAGCAUGGCAUUCAAUUGCGUUUUGAGAAUCAACGCCUACUUCAAGCAAGACAUGUUUUUCCUGUAAAAAAUUAUUGGCAUGGACGCAGACAAGCAAAAGACAGAGAUGUGAGCAAGACUUUUGUUCAAUUACCUCCGGAACUAUGCUAUAUAAUCAUGUCACCAAUUUCUGCUGAUACGCUUUAUUCCUUUUCGUUUAUUCCAUCAAUAAUGCAUAGACUUGAGUCAUUGCUUGGUGCUUUCAACUUCCAAAAGAUGCACUUGGAUCGUUGUCCGCAAAACAGAAUUCAAACAUUCAAGGUCUUGGAAGCAAUGACUGCAAAGUCAUGCGAGGAGACCUUUCACUACGAGUCACUGGAGACACUUGGUGAUUCUUUUUUAAAAUAUGCUGUUAGUCAACAACUUUUUUAUACACAUCAAAAUCACCACGAGGGUCUUCUUAGUGUGAAGAGGGAGAAGAUCAUUUGUAAUGCUUCCCUCUGUAAGUUAGGUUGCAGUUCUGGAAUCCCGGGCUUCAUACGGAAUGAGCCUUUUGAUCCUAAGACCUGGAUGAUUCCUGGUGCUAAAUCAAAGGAUAAAUUAGAAGAGAUUGUUUACAAGGGAAGAAAAAUUUAUACCCGUCCAAAUAGAAAACUGAAAUCUAAAGUUGUUGCUGAUGUUGUUGAAGCACUAAUUGGUGCCUUCCUUAGUGCUGGCGGUGAGAUGGCUGCACUGUUGUUUAUGGAUUGGAUUGGUAUCAAGGUGAAUUUUAACAUUACACCCUGCGAGAGGCAAUUCCAUGCGUGUCCUGAGAAUGUAGUUAAUAUUGUCUUUUUAGAAUCCCUAUUGAAGUACUCGUUUAGGGACCGUUCGCUGUUAGUAGAAGCUAUGACGCAUGGUUCUUACAUGCUGCCUGACGUUCCUAGAUGCUAUCAGCGAUUGGAAUAUUUAGGAGACUCGGUGCUGGAUUAUCUCAUCACUCGGCAUUUGUAUAAAGAAUAUCCUGGCAUGUCUCCCGGGCAGUUAACUGACAUGAGAGCAGCCUCUGUGAAUAAUGAUUGUUAUGCAAGGUCUGCCAUAAAGGUUCAAUUGCAUAAUUAUGUACUCCAUGCUUCUCCAGAGUUACAUAAACACAUUGUAGCCACACUUGCUAAAUACAACGAACUAUCUUCAUCAUCAACUUUUGGAUGGGAGUCUGAGGCAUCAUUCCCCAAGGUACUUGGCGACAUCAUAGAGUCUCUAGCUGGUGCUAUACUCGUUGAUUCAGGCUAUAACAAGGAGGUUGUGUGGCAAAGCAUAAGGCCUCUUUUGGAACCACUUGUGACACCUGAUACAUUAACAAUUCAUCCCAUUAGGGAAUUAAUUGAAUUGUGCCAGAAAAUGAAUUAUACCAUGAAGAAGACUGUGUCCCGGAACGAUGGCGUUACUAGUUGUAGAAUCAAGGUAAUUGCAGAUGACGUAAUUCAUCAGUGCGAGUACAAAGGUUCUACUGAUAAGAAAACUGCCACAAGACUAGCCUGCAAGGAAGUUUUGAAUUCCUUGCGGCUGAAGGAAACACAAGAUAAGUAAUAUACAUGACUUGUGUAUAUCUCAUGAAUUGUAAAAACAAAGGGAUGCAAUUAUUUAAUUGUUGUAUUAUAUUUUCUUUAAAAAUGAUAUCAAAAGUGUAUUGAAAUGAUAUAUACAUGACUUGAGUUUU